AUGUCAUCGCCUACCAAGCGAACAGUCCUCAUCACAGGAUGCUCCCAAGGGGGUGUCGGUAACACGCUGGCACUCGCAUUCGCAGCCCAAGGCCUACGCGUCUUCGCAACCGCCCGUUCGCUUAAGUCCGUGGCGAACCUCACAGAAAAGGGCAUCGAAACGCUCACGCUCGACGUGACGAGCUCGGAGAGUAUCGCUACCGUAAAAGAGGAGAUUUCAAGACGUACAGGAGGUACCCUUGACAUUCUGUACAACAAUGCGGGUGCUCUCUACGAAGCGCCAGCAGUAGAAGCAGACUCCUACCGCACCCGCCAAAUGUUCGACGCCAACGUCUUCGGCCUCUUCGACAUGGUGACAGCCUUCACCCCGCUCCUCCUCGCCGCCGUCUCCACCUCCCGAUCCUCCCAGCAACCCACAAUCGUCAACGUCGCCUCCGUGCUCGCCCGCCUCCCGGGGCCCUUCACGUCAGGCUACAACGCCACAAAGGCCGCCGUCGCGGCCUACUCUGACACCCUCCGUCUCGAGGUCGCGCCCCUCGGCCUGCGCGUGCUGACGGUCUACAUGGGCGAGGUGGCCACCUCCAUCAUCCAGGCCAACAAUAUCAGCUUCGACAGGGACAGCCUGUACGUCGACGCCGAGGAUAAGGUGCGGGAGCGCAGCGCCACGCACGAGAAGACGACGAUGAAGCCUGAUGAGUUUGCGAGGCAGGUCGUGCCGCUUGUGCUCAAGAGCGGCGGGAGCCCGUAUGUGUGGAAGGGUUUCACUCCUGCAUCUCUCGUGUCGAGGUUUAGGGGCGGCGAGCGCGUUGGAGGAGCUUGGCAUGGAGGCCACGACGGAACCUGCGCAACAUGCCAGCUAGGCCAAUUCCGAUCCUGCCAAAACGGCCCAAUCAACGGCGUCACCCGCGACGGAGGCUACGCAGGAUACGUCACCCUCCGCUCCCAAGCCGUCGUCCGCGUCCCAGCAGACCUCGACCCCGCCGAGACGGCGCCCCUCCUCUGCGCCGGCGUCACCGUCUUCAACGGCAUCCGCAAGAUGGAGAUUCCCCGAGGAAGCCUCGUCGCCGUCCAAGGCCUCGCCGUGCAGUACGCCACCAAGAUGGGCUACCGCGUCGCGGCCAUCAGCUCCGGCGCCGCGAAAGCGGAUUUCGCGUCUGAGCUGGGCGCCGAGUGCCCCAUCGACAGCAGCGUCGAGGACCCCGUGGCGAGGCUCAAGGCCCUGGGCGGCGCCGCGCUCGUGGUCGCGACGGCGCCGAGUGCAACGGCUAUCAGCCCCCUUACGGGCGCGCUGCGGGUGCGCGACAAGUUGAUGGUGCUCACGGCGGUUGAGAACAUCGAAAUCAGCUCGUUGCAUUUGAUCGCGGGCGGCUGUUCGGUUCAUGGAUGGCCUAGUGGGCACGCGCGACAUUCGGAGGACGCGAUCGAGUUCUCGAGGAAGCAGGGCGUCAAGUGCCUGAUUGAGAAGUUCCCAUUGAGCGAGGCGCCUGAAGCGGUGGAGCAUAUGAUGUCGAAUAAGGUGCGCUUUAGGAGCGUGCUGGUCAUGGAGUGA